GCGGCGGGCGCGGGCGCCGAGCGCGGGGAGCCGGGCCGCGCGGGGCUGGACGGGCGCCACGGGCGGCCGGGGCGGCCGGGCCAGAAGGGCGCGCCGGGCGAGUACGGCCCCGACGGCCCCAAGGGCAUCGCCGGCGUGCAGGGUCCCUCGGGCAUCACGGGCGACCGCGGGCUGCCGGGGCUGGCCGGGCUGCCGGGCUUCCGCGGCGCGCAGGGCGAGCGUGGCUUUCCCGGGCAGGCGGGCGCGCCGGGCCCCAAGGGGCUGCCGGGCAUGGUGGGCCUGGACGGGCUGCCCGGCCAGCUGGGCCGCGUCGGCGGGCAGGGAAUGCGAGGUGAUCGCGGGGAUGACUUCCCGCCGCAACUUGCUCCCAAAGGACUACAAGGAGACGUAGGAUUUGAAGGGCCUAUUGGAUUCCCCGGACAACCGGGCCUGAUGGGCAAGCCGGGCCGAGAUGGGCUGCGAGGCAUGGAGGGAUUCCCGGGAGCAGCGGGUCGACGAGGCCUGCCGGGAGCCCCGGGGCCGAAGGGCCAGGCGGGGUUCCCCGGCCGCGAUGGCGGAGUGGGGCCCAAAGGAAUUUUAGGUAUUCCUGGAAUGCCUGGAGAGCCCGCACCUCCAGGCCCUGAACCGAAGAGCCGAGGAUUUUUCUUCACUCGACACUCCCAAACCAGACAGUCUCCUGCCUGCCCACGGGGCACCAUUCGCAUGUGGGACGGCUACUCUCUCUUGCACUUCGUGGGUAAUGCAAAGGCUCACGGCCAGGACCUAGGCGCACCUGGAAGCUGCUUGCGACGCUUCUCCACCAUGCCUUUCAUGUUCUGUAAUCUGAAUAACGUGUGCGACUACUCGAGUCGCGGGGACUCCAGCUAUUGGUUAAGCACUGCGGAAGCCCUGCCGAUGAUGAUGACACCUAUUCCAUCUCACGACGUACAAAAAUACAUCUCCAGGUGCACUGUGUGUGAAACUACAACCAGAGUGAUGGCAGUUCAUAGUCAGACUACUCAGGUUCCCAAUUGUCCCAAUGACUGGGAUGUUAUUUGGACUGGGUACAGCUUCCUAAUGCACAUUGACUCAGGCGCUGAAGGAAGUGGUCAGGCCCUUGUCUCUCCUGGCUCCUGUCUCGAGGAAUUCCGAGCUAGUCCGUUCUUGCAAUGUCAAGGAUAUGGAACAUGCCAUUUGUUCUCUACAGCGUAUUCUUACUGGUUGGCCACAGUUGAAGAAUUUGAAAUGUUCCGCAAGCCUCGACAACGUACACUGAAAGCAGGAGAAUUAACAACUCGCAUUAGUCGUUGUGCUGUCUGCAUGCGACGCAAAAAGCUUUCGAUUGGAAUACCCAGUAGUCCUGAUGAGAACAGUGUUCUCCCGCCUUCACCACCCGUGUAUCGACCUGAACCAGUCUACAGACCGCCUGAUUAUCGACAGCCAGACUACCCAAGGCCGAGGAGACCUCGCCCUGGUGGCUCCACUGGGCGACGUGGCUGACUCCUCCGUGAGUGGCUGAUCGCUUCGCAAAUGUGUCAUCUUUAAAAAGUGAAUCACCAGGGUGAAUAAGGAAAUAACAAUUUUAUCAAGACAUCUGUAUGUAUCCAUCUGAUGCAGUUUGUGUCUUGUGAAUAUUUCCACAAUGUGAUAUAAACAUUACAAUGUUAAAUAUACUUAUAAGCUUAAAAGUUCAACUUAACGUUGUUCACUGCCAUUACAUGUGUUCCGUAUUCAGUGGUGCUAACAAAAUUGGAAACCAGUACUGAAGAUGAAGAUUUAAUAUUGAAGGAGGAAAAAUACCUAGAGUUUAAGCUUUUUAACAAUUGAACAUAUAAUGUUGGUGCCAUAUUUAACAUAAAGAAACUAUUGAAAUACUGUUUCAUUAUUUAAAAAUUGACAUAUUCUUGUUUUUUAUGACAAUAUUUUUUUUAAAAAGAAUUUGGAAAAGUGUGAACAGAAUGUAAUUCAAUGGAAGAGAAAUUCCAAACUAAUUCUGAAUGAUGUAGAAAUGAGUAUUUACUUAUGUGGAGACACUUUUUAAGAAAACAGUCAGGUUUUUCUGCAAGUAGCUUAAUUAAUUUGUUCAACAAAUCAUAUACAAAGCAAUAAAAUAUUUCACAAAGUCUUUUUUUCAAUAUUCUGUUUGUAUUUGUAAUUUACAGGGCUUAUGUGUUGUGUAGAUGCGAUGUAAAUAGUUUAAUUGGCUCUUGCCAUGCCUCCAUCUGUAUUUGACAUAAAUCAGGAAAGCGUUCUUGUAAUAAAAAUUGUUGAUAAUAAUUUUUGCCUUUAAAUUAAAAGAAACUUUUUUUACCAGCAAUGGGAAAUCCACUAAUGGGAACAUAUCUACAUUAUUAAUUAUUUUUUAAUGAGAUAAAUCAAAAUCAAGAUGUUA